AUGUUGGCUGUUGGUAGUCCUUUUGCCAGUGUUCGCACGAGCUCUAGUUGUAAUGCUUUACUCAGAGAACUUCAGCAAAUAUGGAAUGACAUUGGCGAGAGUGAAGCUGACAAAGACCGUAUGCUCCUGGAAUUGGAGAGGGAAUGCUUGGAAGUGUAUCGGAGAAAGGUCGAGGAAGCUGUGAAUGCCAAGGCACGACUCCAUCAAUCCGUUGCGUCAAAGGAGGCCGAGGUUGCAACAUUGAUGGCUGCUCUUGGUGAACUAAGUUCUUCGAGUCAGGUUGAGAAGAGGUCCAAAACAUUGAAGGAAAAGCUUGCUUCUGUCACUCCCUUAGUAGAAGAGUUGAAGACAAAGAAAGAAGAGCGUUUGAAACAAUUUGCAGAUAUAAAAGCCCAAAUCGAGAAGAUCAGUGUCGAGAUUUCAGGAUAUAGCAACCAUCUUAACGACCACACGAUCAUCAAUACUUUAACCUUGGAAGAAACAGACCUGUCUUUGAGAAAGCUUAAUGAGUAUCAAACUCAUCUUCGCACCCUGCAAAAGGAGAAGUCUGAUCGACUUCAUAAGGUUUUGGAACAUGUUAGUGAGGUUCAUUCUCUCUGUGGCGUUCUUGGCGUGGAUUUUGGCCAGACUGUAAGUGAUGUGCAUCCGAGCUUAGAAAGAACAAGCGUGGAACAAGCUACAAAUAUCAGCAAUAGCACAUUGGAAGGCCUAGAACACACUAUUCUUACAUUGAAAGCAGAAAGGAAAACUCGAAUUCAGAAGUUGAAGGACAUAUUAACAUCACUAUUUGAACUUUGGAACUUGAUGGACUCCUCACAUGAUGAAAAGAGUAAAUUUUCCCGGAUAACUUCCAUUGUACGUGUACCCGAAACAGAAGUCACAGAACCAGGUCUUCUCUCCACAGAGACGAUUGAACAGGCAUCAGCAGAAGUGGAGAGGUUAACUAAACUAAAAGCGGGUCGGAUGAAACAGCUCGUAAUGAAGCGAAGGUCUGAGUUGGAGGAGAUUUGUAGAAUGACUCACAUUGAAGCUGAUCCUAGCACAGCUUCUGAGAAAUCAAGUGCUUUGAUAGAUUCAGGUCUCGUAGAUCCUUCUGAACUCCUUGCAAACAUUGAAGUGCAAAUCGUCAAAGUAAAAGAAGAAGCCACAAGCCGAAGAGACAUAAUGGAUCGAAUAGACCGCUGGCUGUCAGCAUGUGAGGAAGAAAAUUGGCUUGAAGAGUAUAAUCAAGACGAGAAUCGUUAUAAUGCAGGGAGAGGUUCACACGUUAAUCUGAAACGUGCAGAACGAGCGAGAGUGACUGUUAGCAAAAUCUCAGCUAUUGUUGAUAAUCUGAUAAACAGAACUCUGGCCUGGGAAGAUGAAAAGAAGACUAUGUUUCUUUAUGAUGGGGCAAGAUUGGUGACUAUACUUGAAGAUUAUAAGUUAAGUAGACAACACAGAGAAGAGGAGAAAAAGAGACACAGGGAUCAAAAGAAACUCCAAGAUAUCCUCCUAACAGAAAAGGAAGCUAUGUAUGGAUCUAAACCCAGUCCUAGGAAGAGCAACAGCUUUAGGAAGACUAAUGGAUAUCGUGCGAACGGGAAUGGAUCAAUGACGCCAAUGCCUCGUCGAAACUCUGUUGGUGGAGCGGCCCCAGAGCUCCUCACUCCUAGAUCCUAUUCCGGGCGCCAAAAUGGAUACUUCAAAGAAAUGAGGAGGUUGUCUACUACACCAUUGAAUUUUGUGGCCAUAUCUAAGGAUGAUACAAUGUCAUACGCUUCCAUUUAUGGAUCUGAGCCAGGUUCUCCACCCCAGAGUUAAAUCUUAAUGCUCUCGUCAUGGAGCUCGUAUGUGAUCUACAGGGAAGGCACAACGGUCACAAACGGGAUAUUCGUAUACUUUGUGAAUAAGAAACAAUUUGUAAACUAGUUUACAACUGUGAUUCAAUAGGACAACUUGGAGGAGGGAAUGCAACUAACAGGUCGAGGAGACGUAAAAGAUGGUGUUUUAGCAACUCGACGCGUGUAUGGUAUAAAAUAGGUAGUGACAAUAACAGAUAAGUAGCUCGAAACCAUGCAUCUAAGGUUUCUUGUAUGUUGAAAUAGGAAGAUUUGAUAUAGUAGGGAGUGCGACCACAAUGUUGUGUGGAUUUUGUUAGUGUUUUAUGUAUUGUAUAUAUUUAUGUUUCUCAAACUAAAGCAACCAUUCGAUUUUAGAUUCUUGAUCUUUUGGAGAUGAUGCAUAUUCCAGGUGUUUUUUUUUC